AUUAUUAUUAUUAUUAUUAUUAUUAUUAUUAUUAUUAAUAUACUGUAUCAUUACGGUAUAUAAGAAUAAUCGCAGCGAAUAAUCGUCUGCGACUCGUGUGACAAGUGUUACUUGAUAUAAUAAAACGAGUGUAAAAGAGAGAAGAAAUUAAAUGAUGGCGCCGCAUACGAGUUAUGCACCCGUCACCGGCAUGGAGUACGAGGAACCAGUGUCAAGGACCUACCAAUAUCGCAAGGUUAUGAAGCCGAUGCUUGAGAGGAAAAGAAGAGCACGUAUUAAUCGAUGUUUGGAUGAAUUAAAGGAUCUCAUGGUUACCGCUCUUCAAGCCGAAGGGGAAAACGUCGCCAAGUUGGAGAAAGCUGAUAUCCUUGAAUUGACAGUUCGGCAUCUUCAUACGUUGAGGGCAGCACGUAGAUUAACUCUUACGCCAGAAAACAGUUAUGCGGACAGAUUCCGCGAGGGAUUCACGCAAUGUGCUCAAGAGGUAUCAACGUUCCUGUCGACUCCAGUUGCAGCCGCUGUUCAUCCAGCCGCUGGUGCUCAGCUUAUGAGGCAUCUUGGCGGUUGUCUUCGAAGAUUGGAAGGUUCUUCGUCCUCAACGAACUCUUCCGUUUCCUCCGUCUCGUCGGUUCCAAGUACCAGCAAGGGUUUUCCCGAAUCCGUAACGUCGACGAUUACGGCAACGAUGACGACCACGACCACGACUACGACCGUCGGUGUACAUCAGAACGUUUACACGCCGCCACAAAGUCCUUUUAGCGUUGCCAGCUCCUCCGGGGAAUCCUUAGAAUCUUCUGGUCCCGUUUGGAGACCUUGGUGAAUCUACGUCGAAUCUACAACGUAGAUCGCAACGAUAAAAUUCUAGUGGACUCUUCGUUGGUGCGUGAGACGUUUCUAAUUCUAACUACGGACGAUAAUUGUAAUCGAAGUUUCUCUUUUCUAUGGACAAUCAUUGUAAUCGAAGGAGAAAAACGACGAAUCAUUGUCUUCCAAAUAUUACUAUAUUAUCGAACGUACAAUUUUUAGUGUGUUUUAUGGGCAUAUGUAUAUCGUUUGUCCUCGUCGCACUUCCCUCUCUCACUUCCUUUAUAAUUCUCUAUGUUUAUGUCUCUUUAUAUCACGAUCGAUAGGUAGAUUUGCUUCUUUUCCAGUAAUGUAAGUAAUAAAGCUUUAAUGUAACGUCUGUGAUAGGGUUCCAUUUUGUACCUGAGAUAUAACUAUUUUUGAGGCAAAGUAUAUCGAUUAUUAUAGAAAAUAUAUGUUAACUUGUUAAGUUUUAGAACAUAGUUUUCUACUUUUCUUUUUCUUUUUUUUUUUUUUUUUUUUUUUUUCGUAGACAUAAAGAUUCCCGUUAUCUUUUGCUAAAUGCAGAAAUAUUUCAUUGUGAGAUUAUUACAAUAAAAUUGUCUUGUUCGAAUAGU